ACACAACUUUUGAGCUUGAUCUGUUUUGUUGUUAUAAACAAUAUAUUUGCUUCCAAAAUCCCACUUUCUGAUCUCUCGGAUUCCGUUUUUAUUUAAAAUCGUUGAAAAUUUAAAAACUAAACGUAGUUGAAGACUUAGCCGGCUUACAGUCGAUUUUAAGCCGCCGCCGCCGCCGUUAAUAUUUGUCGGCGCAGGGCUCUGAUUAGACAACAACUAAAAUUGAAAAAAAAAAAAAAAACAGGCCAAAAAACCAUAAACAAGUAGUUGUUGUUUAUUUGUCUAUAAACUAACAAUAGAUGAAGUAACUCGUAGUAAGUGGCGGUGUUAUGUGGUGGAAUUAAUUCAUAAAAAUCACUAUAGAAAGUUAAUAAGGAGUGUAUAGUGUGUGUGUAUGUGGUGUGAUUAAUUGUAAAACAAAAGUGAAAACAUUAAAAAUAAAACACAAAAUAGUCACAACAUUUUUUAACGCGAAAAAUGGGAUGCAAUGCAAGUUCUGAAGAGGAACCGCAACAACAAAAUAGACCAAAAUAUCGAACUUGUACAGAUACAUUUUGGUUAGCUAUCUUUAUAUUAUUUUGGCUUUUUUUGAUUGUUAUUGCAAUUUUUUCAUUUGUCUAUGGAAAUCCUUUGCGUGUCAUUAAUGGCUAUGAUUCCUUUGGUAAUACAUGUGGUGUUAAAAAGAAUGAACGUUAUCCAAAUUAUCCACUGUCCGGUUUGAAUACAAUCGAUAAACCCCACCUUUUAUAUUUUGAUGUACGAAAAUUAAAAGAAUCGGUUAAAGUAUGUGUUAAGGAGUGUCCAACAACGACUUUAAUUAAACGUGAAGAUGUAUAUGAUUAUUAUUUAAAAACACAAAAUAAUCUCUGUCGUUAUGAUUUUAAUAUGUCAAUAAUAGCAAAUGAUAAACAGGGGGAUUUAUCAAAAUUGUUUAACUAUUUGGGACCUUGCCCGGAUUUCCCUAUAUAUGAAAGUACUCCUGUUCUGCAUCGUUGUGUUCCAAAGAGUAAAAAUGCUCCUGUAAAGGAUAUGUAUAAAAUGUUAAACUCUUGGGAUGCUGCUCAACAAUUUUUGGGUGAUAUAUAUUCAACAUGGCAUUUUAUAGCAAUUAUAUGUGGCAUAUCAUUUCUGAUUUCAAUUGCUCUGGUGACUCUAAUGCAUUGGCUUUCACGCAUUGUGUCAUGGCUUAUUUGUAUAUUAGUUAUUGUUGCCAGUAUUGGAUUAUGUGGAGCUUUGUGGUAUGCAUAUUAUAGCAUUAAACAUGAUCAAAAGAUCAACGCUCAAUUCUCAUAUCUGGAGGAGUUUGUUCGUAAUGAACAAGCUGUGUUUACUUUGGCAAUUUUAGCUACUAUAACUAUGAUAAUAUUAAUAGUAAUUAUUUAUUAUUUGAAAAAUAAACUUUCGGGUCUAUCGGCAUUAUUUGAAGAAUCUGGCAAAUGUAUGAUGAACUUACCAGGUCUUAUAAUAGCACCUCUUUUAGCAUUUAUAGUAUUAGCACUAUUCUUAGCGUUUUGGGUAUUAGUUGUUAUUUGUAUAGCAACUGCCAGUGCUCCCGGUGAUAAGAAUCCCUUUGCUCCUUUGGAUAAUACUGCAGCACAUGCUACCACUACAGAUGUUACAUUCACAAAUACCGGUACUAAAAGCUUCCAACCCAUAGAAUACACCGAGGCCAGAACACUUAAAAGUAUGUUCUGGAUUUAUGUUAUUGGUCUCAUUUGGACAACUGAAUUUAUAUUCGCCUGCCAGCAAUUCGCUUUAGCAGCUGCAGUAGCAUUCUGGUAUUUUAAUAAACCUACCAGUACACCUACGGUAUAUGCUAUUGGGAAAUUGGUGAAAUAUCAUUUGGGUACUGUAGCAAAAGGUUCAUUUGUAAUAACGAUAUUCAAAAUUCCACGUUUAAUUUUGACUUAUUUAUAUGCCAAAUUGAAGAAAGGCGAAGAUAAAGGUUCUGAAUGUGCUGCUUGCUGUUUGAAAUGUUGUAUAUGUGGUUUUUGGUUAUUGGAGAAAUUCAUACGUUUUCUAAAUCAUAAUGCGUAUACAGUUGUGGCCAUAGAAUCAAUAAACUUUUGUCCAGCAGCUGGUAUUGCAUGGAAUGCAAUGGCAACAAAUGCCCUACAAGUUGCCACCAUCAACAGUGUCGGUGAUUUUAUUUUAUUCUUGGGAAAAAUUGUAGUUGCUGCUAUUGCCGGUCUUAUUGGCAUCUUUGUGUUAAAGGAUAAGCCAGGUCUUAACUUCUACAUGGCACCCGUUAUUCUAAUCAUUGUAUUUUCCUUCUUUAUUGCUCAUAUUGUCCUAUCACUAUUUGAGAUGGUUGUAGAUACACUAUUUCUAUGUGUAUGUGAAGAUAAAACUAUAAAUGGACGUGGCGGUCGUUGGGCCCAGAGUAAUCUGGCGAAAUUGGUAGGCGAAGAACCCUUACAGCCAGGCGAAGAACCACCCAUACAAGUAGUCGAAAUGAUGCCUAUUAAUAAGCAACCAUUUAGUAUGACUAGCAAACCAAUGGUAGUGCCUGAUGGUAUUGUUGAACCAAAUGAUUAUUAAAAAAAGACAUUAAAGUGAAAUGUUUAUUUUACGCACACUCACACAUACUAUUUAUAUAUAAAAAACAUAGUUAAAUAAGCUUUAAUUUAUUAAUACAUAAUAAUAUACAAUUUUUUAUUAUUGUGUUGUAAUAUGUACAUACAUACAUAUGUAUAUACUUACAUACUUCUAUAUACAAAUUUAUUUUUUUAACAUUAAAUCCUUCAAAAAGAAGACAAAAGUAAUGAAAAUAAGUAUGAAUGUAUAAAAUUAUGCAAGAAA